AUGGCGCAAGGUGCUGUCAAGAAAUCAGCAAAACCUGCUACGGCGGGAAAAUCUAAACAGCAGGCAAAGAAAGGCGCACGAGUUGCCAAGCCGAAGAAGUCAAAGACAAGCUCUGCCGACAAGAUGCAGAAGAAAUACGCCGCCGGGCUAGUCUCGAAGACAGAGAAGCUCCUGGGCGAACGAGCAGGCCAUCUAGAGCUCAUUGGCAAGGGAAAGAAGGCCGACAAGACGGAUCCACAAAAGCAAAAGGGCGGCACGAAGAAGUUCGGCUGA